AUGACUAGUUAUAUAUUUCUUUUUCUUCUAGGCUGCAGAACUGCUCCAAAUGACCUAGUUUUUAUUUUGGAUGGUUCCUUCAGUGUCGGACCAGAUAAUUUUGAAAUAGUCAAAAACUGGAUUAUUAACAUAUCCAGCAGUUUUGAAAUAGGGACUUCAUUUACACAAGUUGGUGUUGUACAAUAUAGUGAUGAUCCUGUGCUAGAAAUCCUAUUGGAACAACAUAGGUCCAAUGAAGACUUGAUGGAAGCAAUGGAAACAAUCUUAUAUAGGGGUGGAAACACCAGAACGGGAAAAGCCAUAACAUUUGGAGUUGAUAAUGUGUUUGCUACCUCAACCAGGGCUGUUAAUGCCGUUACCAAAGUAGCAAUUGUACUUACGGAUGGAAGAUCCCAGGAUGAUGUGAAGGAAUCAGCAGAAGCAGCAAGGAAAAAGAAAAUUAUAUUAUUUGCAAUUGGAGUUGGUCAGGAAAUAGAAGACACAGAACUUCAAACAAUUGCCAAUAAGCCAUCAUCCACUUAUGUUUUCCAUGUGAAGGAUUACACUGGAAUAUCCAGAAUUAGAGAAAUAAUGAAACAGAAACUUUGUGAAGAAACUGUCUGCCCCACAAGAAUACCUGUGGCAUCUCGGGAUGAAAAGGGAUUUGAUAUCCUUGUUGGAUUAGAUAUUAGGAAAAAAGCCCUUAGAAUUGAAGGCUCUUAUCAUGGCAAAAGAGGUUACAGGGUUACCGCAGAGGAUGAUUUAACAGAAAAAACAAGUGAUAUCUUUCCUGAUGGCCUUCCACCUUCCUAUGUCUUUGUAUCCACAUUACGAUUCAAGAGACCCACAACAAAAGAAAAAUGGGAUUUGUGGCGAAUCUUAUCUUUAGAUGGUACAAUUCAAACUGCUGUUACACUGAAUGGCGAAGACAAAACAGUAAUUUUUCAUACAACUCAAGUAGUGAAUGAUACGCAGUCUGUGACCUUCACUUCAGCACGUAUAAAGGCUCUGUUUGAUGAAGAAUGGCACCUUUUGCGAGUCCUAGUAACAGAGAGAGAUGCUACAUUGUAUUUAGACGAUAAAUUAAUUGAGAGUAGGCAACUAAAACCUAUUCUUGGUAUCUUCAUCAGUGGAAAAACUCAGAUUGGAAAGUACUUUGACAAAGAAGCAACUGUACCAUUUGACGUCCAAAAAUUAAGGAUUUACUGUGACCCAGAACAAAAUCAGCGAGAAACUGCUUGUGAAAUUCCAAUUGUUAUCUUGGUCCACCCGGAUGAUGUACCCAAGACGGCGAUCAUCACGCCAUUUGAACUUUAUGAGUUCACGCGGAUGCCGUUCGGCCUCAAGAACGCUGCGCAGGCCUUUGAACGCCUAAUGGACGAGGUUUGUCACGACCUCGAUUUGUUUACCUGGACAACAUCCUGGUGGCCGGCCGCUCGCAGCAGGAGCACUGUGCCCACCUAG